AUGACUAGAAGAAACCAAACUGUCAUCUCACAGUUUCUCCUCCUGGGCCUGCCCAUCCCCCCAGAGCACCAGCACUUGUUCUAUGCCCUGUUCCUGGCCAUGUACCUCACCACAGUCCUGGGGAACCUCAUCAUCAUCAUCCUCAUUCUUCUGGACUCCCAUCUUCACACACCCAUGUACUUAUUUCUCAGUAAUUUAUCCUUUGCUGACUUCUGUUUUUCCUCUGUCACAAUGCCCAAGUUGCUGCAGAAUAUGCAGAGUCAAGUUCCAUCCAUCCCCUAUGCAGGCUGCCUGGCACAAAUAUACUUCUUUCUCUAUUUUGGAGACCUUGGAAACUUCCUCCUGGUGGCCAUGGCCUAUGACCGCUAUGUGGCCAUCUGCUUCCCCCUUCAUUACACCAGCAUCAUGAGCCCCAAGCUCUGUGUGAGUCUGGUGGUGCUGUCCUGGGUGCUGACCACCUUCCAUGCCAUGCUGCACACCCUGCUCAUGGCCAGAUUGUCAUUCUGUGAGGACACUGUGAUCCCUCACUAUUUCUGUGAUAUGUCUACUUUGCUGAAAGUGGCUUGUUCUGACACCCAUGAUAAUGAAUUAGCAAUAUUUAUCUUAGGGGGUCCUAUUGUUGUACUCCCUUUCCUUCUCAUUCUUGUUUCUUAUGCAAGAAUUGUUUCCUCCAUCUUCAAGGUCCCUUCUUCUCAAGGUAUUCGUAAAGCCUUUUCUACCUGUGGGUCCCACCUGUCUGUGGUAUCACUGUUCUAUGGGACAGUCAUUGGUCUGUACUUAUGUCCAUCAGCUAAUAACUCUACUGUGAAGGAGACCGUCAUGUCUUUGAUGUACACAAUGGUGACUCCCAUGCUGAACCCCUUCAUUUACAGCCUGAGGAACAGAGACAUAAAAGAUGCAUUGGAAAAAAUAAUGUACAGAAAGCAAAUUCCCUCCUUCCUCUGA